UUUUCCAAUUCUCCGAAGAUAGAUAGAUCCCCCAAAUUUGAAGAUUGUUAGGGUUUCGAAUUUACGAAUCUUAUCUCUUAUUCGAUUCGAAUUCAUCCCCCUCAAAAUCUCCCUUCUCCUUUUCCAUAUCCGUGUUUGGAUUUCGGCUGUGGGUUCGCAUUUAUAAGCCUUAUGCAAACCUGUGGGUAUCGUGAGAAAGGUAAUUCGAUCGUGAUGAACUUGGAAACUCAACGGAUUGUUGAAUUUCCCCAUAAUAAUGCCGAUAAUCGGCCGAGGAAACGGCCGAGAUUAGCUUGGGAUGCGGCGCCGAUUCUUCCUCUACCUAAGGUACUUCUACCUCCAGUAUAUUACUGUCCGGAGUUUGCGAGUGGAGCAAUUCCCAGCUAUGUUUACACAAACAUGUUCUAUGGUGGCUUUCCUCGUCAUGGCUCUCCUCCAUGGAGGCCAGAUGAUAAAGAUGGCCAUUACGUCUUUGUGAUCGGAGAGACUUUGACUCCACGAUAUCAGAUUCUCAGCAAAAUGGGUGAAGGUACGUUUGGGCAAGUAUUGGAAUGUUUUGAUAAUAAAAACAAAGACGUGGUGGCUAUUAAAGUCAUACGGUCUAUUAACAAGUACCGUGAAGCUGCAAUGAUAGAGAUCGACGUGCUGCAAAGGCUUGCAAGGCAUGAUAUCGGUGGCACUCGUUGUGUGCAAAUACGGAAUUGGUUUGACUAUCGUAAUCAUAUAUGUAUUGUAUUUGAGAAGCUUGGACCAAGCUUAUAUGAUUUUCUCCGCAAAAACAACUACCGUUCAUUUCCCAUUGACCUUGUCCGGGAGCUUGCCAGACAACUUUUGGAGUCUGUAGCAUUUAUGCACGAUUUACGGCUGAUUCACACUGAUCUGAAGCCAGAGAACAUUCUUCUAGUUUCACCAGAAUACGUCAAAGUGCCUGAUUAUAAGUUUCUGUCACGAUCCACAAAAGACGGCUCCUACUUCAAGAAUCUACCCAAAUCAAGUGCCAUCAAGCUCAUUGAUUUUGGAAGCACAACAUUUGAGCAUCAGGAUCACAGUUACAUUGUAUCAACCAGACAUUACCGUGCACCAGAAGUUAUCUUGGGUAUUGGAUGGAAUUAUCCAUGUGAUUUAUGGAGUGUGGGUUGCAUACUCGUUGAACUUUGCUCGGGAGAGGCACUUUUCCAGACACACGAGAACUUAGAGCAUUUGGCUAUGAUGGAAAGGGUACUUGGACCAUUACCAGCACAUAUGGUGCUUAGAGCCGACCGUCGGGCCGAGAAAUACUUCAGGCGAGGUGGCAAGUUAGAUUGGCCAGAAGGUGCAACAUCAAGAGAAAGCUUAAAAGCAGUCUGGAAACUUCCCCGGUUGCCGAACCUGAUAAUGCAGCAUGUGGAUCAUUCGGCGGGGGAUUUGAUAGAUCUGAUACAAGGGCUGCUUCGAUAUGAUCCGACAGAGAGGAUAAAGGCAAGAGAAGCAUUGAGCCAUCCAUUCUUCACCAGAGGCAGGGAUCAUGGUAUUCCGUACAAUCCCAACCCUCAUCCAUUUCUAUAUAACCAAUACCACAAGAACUGAGUUCGAACACACAAAGGAAGAAACAAACAGCAGAUGAUGUUUGGAUAAAUCUGCAGUUUGUUUCUGCGUUUUUUUCUCUUCACCCUCCUUUUUGGGUCUUGUAGUAGAUCUAUAUUUAAUGUAUAGAAAUGAAGAAAGAGAGGUUUGUGCCUUUUUUUUUAUUUUUUUCUUUUUUCUGUGUAUUUUCCGACCACGUCGGCGGUGGUUUGACGGCGGUUUCAGAGGGGAUUAAAGUCACACCUCAAAUUCGUAGUUUUUUUUUUUUUGUUUGUGUUGAUGGGUU